UCGCAGGUAAGUUCCCAUCGGACUGAACCUAACACUGUGAUGCUGAUCCCACCGGACGGGAUCGGGAAGUGGCAGUCUAGUCGGGUCCGCGAAGUCAAACGGAGCACUUUUGUUCGCGGCGAUCGUGCGUGCCAGGUCUACAGAUUAGUGUAUGCGUGUUGAUUUGUACAGGGAAGAUAGACAUUCUAUAGCUGCAUUGUAGGGGACCCGAUGGUUCUCUCUAGUUGUUGACUAUACCAAUGGGAACGAUAAGUCUAUUGAAGAGCAGUUGCCUUCUGCUGUUGAUCGCGACUUUACUGGUAGAUGGCCAACAAACUUGUACGGCGCCGGAUGGAAAAGCCGGAAAUUGUAUUUUGCUACGAUUGUGUGAUACCUUGUUCACUUUAAUCAAGAAGAAGCCUCUGUUACAAGAGGAACGCAACUUUCUGAGCCAGAGCCAGUGCGGAUGGUCUCGAGAGGAAAAUCACCCGUUAGUAUGCUGUAGUGACUCCCUGGAUGCUCCCGUACGUGUUGGCGAAUCCCUAUUACCUCCUGUUGGAGUAUGUGGCAUACAGACCAGUGAUCGAAUCGUAGGAGGUGUGAAUACGAAGAUCGAUGAGUUUCCUUGGCUUGCGUUGCUCAAAUAUGCAAAACCAAACAACAUAUUCGGGUUCCAUUGUGGGGGAGCGCUUAUCAACAAUCGCUACGUAGCCACAGCCUCGCAUUGUGUCAAUGGAAAAGACAUUCCAACCACUUGGGAUCUUGCGGAAGUGCGUCUUGGGGAAUGGGAUACGUCAACGGAUCAGGAUUGCGAAGGAGUUGGAGUUGACGUGGACUGUUCGCCGGAUCCAAUCGAUGUGGUAAUUGAGAGAAAGAUACCUCAUCCGGAGUACAACCCUCAUGCAUUGGAACAAUACAAUGACAUCGCGUUGCUGCGGCUGGAGCGACGAAUCGACUACACUGAUUUCAUCAAGCCGAUCUGCUUGCCACGGACGCAAGAUCUGAAGGUGCGGGAGACUAUUGGCCAAAAAUUCCAGGUUGCCGGAUGGGGCAGAACAGCUACGGCCCGGUACAGUAAUGUAAAACAGAAGGUCGGAGUAGACGGGAUCGGCCUUCCGCAGUGUAACUCGGUGUAUCAGCAGGAGCGUGUAACUUUGGUUGAGCGGCAACUGUGCGCAGGAGGACAAGCAGGUAAAGAUUCCUGUCAAGGUGAUUCCGGUGGUCCACUGAUGGGGGUGGCUCAGAACGCAAACGUUCAGUACUGGUAUCUGGUAGGGUUAGUUUCAUUCGGACCAACGCCAUGCGGACAGGAGGGAUGGCCAGGAGUGUACACUAAUGUGGUGAAGUAUGUGGACUGGAUCGAGGCAACAUUGGAGCAGUAAGACGCGCGUUGUGAGAUUUUCAUUAAUUUUAACGAGCAAUAAAAUCGACGUGAUCAUUCAA